GCCGGACAUCCUGGACCCUGCGGUGACGCGCCCUGGGCGUCUUGACCAGCUGCUGUACAUUCCUUUGCCAGAUUUGAAAAGUCGGGAAAGUAUUUUAAAAGCAAAUUUAAAAAGAACUCCAAUUGCUGCUGACGUCGACAUCAACAAACUCGCCACCCUCACUGACGGAUUCUCAGGAGCGGAUUUGACGGGGCUGUGUCAGCGGGCGGCGAAGUUUGCAAUUCGAGAAAGUAUUGAAAGAGAAGAAAAAGGAAAAAGUCCUUUGAAGGAACUUUCCAAAAGGCACUUCGACCUCGCAGCCAAAGACGCAAGGCGGUCUGUGCCCCCCCACGUGGUUGCUGCUUACGAGGAGUUCCGUCGAAGAUACAAAACGGGCAGCAGCAGCGACGAAAUGCCAGCAGCAGCAAAAAUGUAG